GUAAGAGACGUCGUAAUUUCCACGAUUCUUUUAUUCGUUCAGAGAGUAGAGCAGAGAAAGCACGCCGCUCUGAGUCACACAACAGACACGCCGUGGACUCCUCGUGGCUGAGGCCGGCCUGAGCAUCACAGCGACCGGCACAUCAGACUGACGACAGAGGGGGCCGAGGGGGCGAGACGGGAAGCUUUGUGUGGCAGACAGAAGAGGAACCAGCUCAGCCAGCGAUGUCAGGGCUGAAGAAGAGAAGCUCCAACUCGUCCGUGAACAGGGAGGAGGAUAAGCAGGUCACUGAGAGGAUGCUGUCCCCGGGUAGCGGCAGUGAUAAGGGGGGCUUCGGUCAGGAUGGAGCACCGGGAAGCGACCUCAGCAGCCCCGGCAACGUCACAGCAGGAGACGGAGCGGAGGAAGGGGUCGCCCUGAAGAGGACCAUCACGCUGUUGAAUGGCGUGGCCAUCAUCGUAGGCACCAUCAUCGGCUCGGGUAUCUUCGUCACGCCGACAGGCGUAGUGAGAGAGGCUGGCUCUGUGGGUCUUUCCCUCAUAGUGUGGGCGGUGUGCGGGGUUUUCUCCACAGUGGGCGCCCUCUGCUACGCGGAGCUGGGGACCACCAUCACCAAGUCCGGCGGCGACUAU